ACAAAUGUGACAGUCAUCUGUCUCUCUUUCUCUCCAAUAAAUAAAAACAAAAUUAAAAAAAAAAAAAAAAAAAAAAAAGUGGUUAGGGAUCAGAGUCGGGCCCUGCUGCUAGGAAUCUCUCCGGUGAAGAUGUCGCAACCAGACUUCAGCCUGUCGGACGAAAUUCUGGCGGUGAUCCCAACGGACCCUUAUGAACAACUGGAUCUAGCAAGGAAGAUCACGUCAAUGGCCAUCGCUUCCAGGGUCUCCAAUCUAGAGUCCCAAGUCUCCGUCCUCACGCAGAAGCUUCGUGAAAAGGAUAAGCUUAUCGAUGAUCUCGAGGGAAGAGAAUCUUCCUUGGAAAGACUAUACCACGAGGCUGGUUCCUCCCUGAAGAAUGCCCUCGACGAAAAUAUGAAACUAAGACAAGAGCGAGAUUCGCUGGCCAUCACUGCCAAGAAACUCGGUCGUGAUUAUGCAAAGCUGGAAGCAUUCAAGAGACAAUUGAUGCAAUCUUUGAAUGAUGAGAAUCCAUCUCAAAUCGACAGCACUGAUGUCAGAGACAAAGAUGAGAAUUCAAAUGGCUUAUCCACACACGAUUCUUUCUCCAACAACAACCAAGGUUUACGGCAAAGAGCCUCUUUGACUCCCCCCGGGUUAACUCCAAGCGGAACGCCAAAGAUGGUAUCGGCUGGUGGAUCUCCGAGAAGCUACUCUGCGGCAUCAUCUCCUAAGCUAUUCUCAGGAGCCGCAUCUCCAACAGCUUCACAGUAUGAUCAUAUACGCAUGUGGUCCUCAUCAAGCCAGCAAUCUUCAGUACCAAACUCUCCUCCUCGCUCACAUUCUACUUCAGCUCGCCAUGCGAGGAUUGAUGGGAAAGAGUUCUUUAGACAAGCCAGGAGCCGUUUGUCUUACGAGCAGUUCAGCGCAUUCCUGGCUAACAUCAAGGAACUAAACGCUCGGAAGCAGAGCCGUGAGGAAACGUUGAGGAAGUCGGAGGAGAUAUUCGGGACAGAGAACAAUGAUCUUUACAUAUCCUUUAAAGGACUUCUCACAAGCGGCCGUUGAUCUAUAUAAUAUGAUAUGAUAACCACCAUCACCAACAACAACCUUUUUUAGCUUCUUCUUUGGACAUACACACCACAACUAUGAAUGUGAUCUCACUCUUUUAUUCUUCUCAUGACCAAUUUAGUCAUGGUUGAUUUCAAUAAGAUUCAUUUUUGUAAUGAAUAUUCAAUGAGGUAGAUGUAUUUUUAUUAAGAGAAGACAAAAGAUGGGGAACAUAUCAAA